AAAAAAAAAAGCCAAUAUCCUAAAGGAUAAUGAACUCGGAUGCUCCUUGAUGGUCACCGAGCUACCUCUACAAUGGUGUUUGUCCAUUUGGUCAAUCUGCCUUCCCUUUGCUUCCUUCGCUACCUAACCCCCUCUUUGUUUGGUCUUCGGUCCCUUCGUAUGGUCCAAGAUAUGCCUGCUUCCGUUUCUAGUGGUACUGAUACUGCUGUGACCAAUAUAGCUGGUAAGCCCAAGCCUUGUGCUUGUGGUCUUGACCAUAUCUCUCGUCAUCAUCUGUUGCAGUCUUCCUUGGUUCCUGCUCAUUAUUGGGAUACCCUUGCCACCUCUUCCGGCUGA